ACAUAAGAGUACUAACUAAAAGUUUUGCUAAGGAUUAUAAUAAUCCAAAUGGUGGGAAUGGCCGGUUUCAUGGUAGCUUUGGUAGUGAUAACGGUGAUAAUCUCUCCUUGUGUCUAUGGAAGAGAGUUGUUCGAUCAACGAGAAAUCAAAGUACAAAGACUUUUGAAGCGGCUCAACAAGCCUGCUCUUAAAUCUAUUAAGAGUAAAGAUGGAGACAUCAUAGAUUGUGUUCCAAUAACUAGUCAACCAGCUUUUGAUCAUCAUCUGCUUAAAAACCACACCAUCCAGAUGAGACCGAGUUUUAUUCCGGAAGGUGAUUCUACGUACACCAAGAAAGAGGCAAAGGACAUAACUCAGGUCUGGCACAAGAAUGGCGAGUGUCCAGAAAACACUGUUCCUAUAAGAAGAACAAAGAAAGAAGAUAUCUUACGAGGAAAAUCAAUUGAGAGUUUCGGGAAAAAGACUCAACAAAGCAGACCUGGAGACCAUGAGUAUGCGAUCAUGAAUUCGAGGGAGGGAAGUUAUUACGGGACAAAGUUUGUAAUGAAUAUCUGGAGACCAGAAGUUGAAGUUCCCAACGAGUUCAGCUUGGCUCAGACUUGGCUUUCCUCUGGACGUGGCUCUAGUCUUAAUACAAUUGAAGUUGGUGUGCAGGUUUAUCCAGGAAAAUAUGGUGACAAUAAUAUUAGAUUAUUUGUUUACUGGACGAGUGAUGGAUACAAAAACACAGGAUGCUACAACAGUGACUGCCCAGGUUUUGUUCAGAGGAGCAAACGGAUAACUGCGGGUGGAUCCUACACUCAAGUUUCACAAUACGACGGAAAUCAAUACGGCCUCCCCAUACUUAUAUGGAAGGACAGCGGAAACUGGUGGCUAAUGAUCGAUGAAGAGCUUGUCGGGUACUGGCCUGGCUCGUUGUUUACUUCUCUAGGAGAUAAAGCCACGAGGGUUCAAUGGGGCGGUGAAAUUGUAAACCAAAUGAGCGGCGGGAGACACACGGCCACGGGCAUGGGAAGUGGGCAUUUGGCAGACGAAUGGUAUAAGAAAGCGAGCUAUUUCAGGAAACUUAUGACAGUUGAUGGAGCCAAUACUCUGAGAGAAGCACAAGACCUUUACCCCUUUGCUAGUAAUGGUAACUGUUACAACGUUAAAGCAGGAAAUGGUGGAAAUCCUGAUUGGGAUACUCAUUUCUUCUACGGUGGUCCUGGUCGAAACGUUAAUUGUCCUUGAUUCCAAGCUUUUGAGUAUUUCACAUGUGUAAUUUAAAAUAAGAUCAACAUGUGAUCGAUAUAGUCGUGAUUUAAGAAUAUAAAAUCCAACGUCAUAUCGUAGUAAUAUCCUUGAUAAUAUGCGUGUCCUUUGAUAUUAUUAUGUAUAAAACUUGAAU